UUGCAGGAUUGGAUGCAUGAGGGGCGUCCAGCAACUGUGCGUCUUCUCGAUGGAGAGUGUCUGGAGAUUUCCGUCAUUGCCAGGCUUUCCGUGAACGACGUGCUCACACUGGCUGCGCAUCACUGCCGGCUCACACAGCCGGAUGCCCGCUACUUUGGACUUGCUUUUGUAGAUGAGAAUGAUCAUUACCAUUGGCUGCAGCCGGGUAAGCAUCUGCUUGACUAUGAGUUCCCCGGAGAAAAAGCCGUUAUACAAUUGUCGCACAAUGUUAGGUUCUUCGUGGAUUCCAUACUAUCCCUUGAAAACCCGGCCGUUAUAGAAGCGUUUUUUCUUGAAGCUCAUCAAGAGCUGAUCAAGGGUCAACUCGAUCUUUCAAACAUAGACUAUGUACGAGUGGGAGGUCUCUUGUUACAAAUUUAUCGAGGCGAUUGGAAUGAGGACCCAUCGCUGACCGGUGAUCUGCAAACAUUAGCUCCGUAUCAAUCUAGACUGCAUAGGCAAUAUGGUAUGAGUCAGAUCAUCUACGAGAAGCAGGUGUUGUCCGAAUAUGCCGGCUUGCGAGGCACUCAAAGGGGCUCCGCUAUAGUUUCAUUUAUGCAAAUAGUUGAAAAAUGCCUGAAAUAUGGUAGCCGUCUUUACCGCGUGUGUGAAGCGAAUGGAACGCCUUGUCUGCUGUCGAUCAACAGUCGAGGAAUUCAAAUAUUCCAAAACGCAGACACAUUUCGACCGAGUAACAGCUUUCCGUGGGCCUUACUAGACAAUCUCUACUACAAAGAAAACACCUUUUCCGUUGAAGUCCGGGAUCCAAGACCGAAGCCAUACGCGGAUUACAACACCUUAGGAACCCCUCUGAACCCAGACGAUGAUCUGGCUCUGGCAGUGAACGAUCCUACUACUCAGGUGUCAAUAUCGCGUCGUUGCCAGUCAGCUGCGAACGGUGCAGUUGCGGUUCAUACGUUUAUCUGUGAGACGAGUGCUCUGUGCAGGACGAUCUGGACCACAGCCAUCUCCCAGCACCAGUUCUUCCUCGACCAACGCGAACGCGACAGGCGCGGACGACCUCCAAACUACGCUGUUGACCAUCGUGAGCUGGGCGAGAGACUAAAUCGACUAGUCAGCAAGAGCUCUAUAGGAUCUAGUUUACCAUCACUGAGCUCCCUGCACUCCUCCUCCUCACUAAAUAACAUGCCAUCGGCAAAGGUGGCCGACGGUUCUGUCGCAACUCGACCAGCUCUCAAGAAUGGAUUGAGACAAAAAAGCGGUGAGGACCGACAGCGUGACAUCGAGCUCUAUAAAGUUCUUCGACAAAGAAAAGCCGAAUUGGAGGAGCUGCUCAGAGCAAGGUUGAACGAACUGCGGGCAAUAUGCUUACGAGAGGGGGAAAUCACCGGAGAAAUGCCAGAGGAAAUUCAAAAUACACUUAAACCUGGCGAGGACAUGCCAAAGUUGAAGAAACGAGUGGGCACGUCAUUCUCAAUACCAGAGGAAAUCUUGAAAUGUGACAAGGGAGACAAACUGAGUCAGCUUGAGACUGAUGUGGAACUUCAUAAAAGGAUUGUAGCUGCUGCUGAACGACUUGCAAAGGACAAGUCCAUGAACAAGAGCGUGCGAAAGAAGAGGCAAAAGGACUUGGCCGCAGCAGCAAUGAAAUUGCGUGGGUUGGAGUUAGGCCUGAAUCAGAUGCGGCUGAGUGCCAGUAAACCCGAUGUAAGCACAGUCGAGAACGGAAGUGGGGGGUCUUGGACAGCUUUAACACAAGCGAAUGGCACCACUACCUUGACCAGAGCGGUGGCCAAGUCAUGUCCCACAACUCCACGAGGAUCUGUGCCGGACUUGUGCACUCCCAACGGAGAAAAGAGCGACUACGAAGACGAUGAUCACGUCCAACGACGAGUACCGAGCUCAACGUCUCGUCGUUCGCUUCAUCAGCGCUUCUCGGAAGCGUCGACGUCGAGUAACGGCUCGUUCGGACUGCCUCCACGUGCGAAUUCCCGACGUAGUGUUACCACCCGCUCCGUAACCAGUGACGAACUCGAUAACCCACUAAUCAACAACUCCGCUCAACCGCUUGCUGAACAUGCUCCCAUCUAUGAAAACAUAGGCUAUCGUUCGACAUCGUAUCGAAGCAGCUAUCGACAAGCUCACUAUCCAACUUUGCAGGAUGAGCAACAUCUUCGGAAACGAGCAUUGUCAGCGCAUUCCAUAUCACAAACGGAUGUUCCCAACUGCGUCAGCUAUACCACACGUAUUGAAAAUUUUCAAUUCAAGCAGGCGCACAUUCCUGAAGAUGACGACAUCACUCCAACUAUUGAACAUCCGGAACCGCUGAGACGAAUACCGACCAGUUUCUCUUGCCAGGCCGGAUUUUCUACGGCUAGUCUGGACAGACGAAAUAUCGUACAAAGGCCGCUGCCAUCAGCGAGUGGAGGGUUGGUGCCCACAUCACGUAGUCCGCAACAAUUUGCUAUUUCUUCCUCCCGAGGGCAUUCACCCAGCGCUCAUCGAAUCACCACUUUCCCCGUAUGUACCACUAUGAGCGGUGGCUUUGAUAGGAAACCCUACUCUUCCUCGGAUUUGCCUCGAUUCCAAACUUCGUCCACAAGCAGACCUCCCGCCCUUCCCUUCUCAUCUCGUGGUCGAGCAAUGCCAGGAUCGAAUUCGACGAGUAAACUUCCGGCUCACGCCGAUCCGCACAUGGAAGCGCUGCUCGACUAUUACAAGGGCCAAUCGAACCAAUCUACGGCUCCGAAAACUGCUACAAUAGUCUGAAUUUUCCCAGAACGACAAUCCCACUGUCGCUUGAUGGACUGUCCCAGCUGGCGCCACACCCGGCAAAAUAACCUCUACUGACUCAUUCAUAGGCAAUGAUAUGUUUCGAAACUAGCUGGAAUGUACUGGGUGUUGGAUGGUCUUUAUAACUGACAGAAAUUGUCUCAUCUUGUGAUAAUUGCAACCGAUUCACUUCAAUAAGAUCGAUGCUUUAUAUCAAAUUCCGGGUCGAUGCAUCGUCGGUUCCUUACAAAGUCCGAUUGGUCGCGUUAUGUGUUGAUCAUGUUUGUGAAUGUUUUAAGCUAUUGUUACCAUGUCCUACCUGAGAUCUAUCAUAAAUUAUGAAAAGAAAACGAUUUGUUUCCGA